AUGAACUCACAACACAUUCCCUCGGGAAGAUCGCCCAAAAGAGAACUCCAAGGCCCUCGUCCCACUCCUCUUAGGGUAAACAAGGACUCCCACAAGAUCAAGAAGCCACCACUUGCGCCGCCACCAUCGCACCCGCAAGCUCCACCUCGACAACCCAUCAUCAUCUACACCGUCUCUCCUAAAGUAAUCCACACCACACCAAGUGACUUCAUGAGCCUCGUUCAACGUCUCACCGGUUCUUCCUCUUCUGAUAAGCUCACAACCCACCCUUUAAAUGAUGAUAAAGAUCAUGGUGGUGGUGGUGGUGACAAUGAUGACAGUGGUAACAUGAUAUCGCCGAUAGCUCGAUACGCCGCAAUAGAGAUGGCUAGAACAACUCAAAGCGUUAAACAACACCCAAGUGAGAAUAGUGGUGAUGUUGGAGGGGUGGAUGUAGUAGGUCAUGGGGUGUUGGAGCGACCAAACAUGUUUCAUGGGAUUUUGUCCCCGGGACCAGCUUCCUUGUCUCCCAUUCCUUCAAAUUUCUUCUCGCCACCAUUGACGGAUCCAAACAUGGUUAGCUUCUUUCAUGAUUUAAGCCCCGUUCUACAUAGUAGCAGAAAUUUUAUGGAGGGUUUCAUCAUGCCUAGUCCUUCAAACUUUGUUUCACCUCGUACUCCAUCCAUUGACCUAUUCAAUAAUUUCUCAGAUAAUUAA